CCAACAUCUACCACUCAGUCAACAACAACACCAACAUCUACCAUUCAGUCAACAACAACACCAACAUCUACCAUUCAGUCAACAACAACACCAACAUCUACCAUUCAGUCAACAACACCACCAACAUCUACCACUCAGUCAACAACAACACCUACAUCUACCACUCAGUCAACAACAACACCAACAUCUACCAUUCAGUCAACAACAACACCAACAUCUACCACUCAGUCAACACCAACAUCUACCAUUCAGUCAACAACAACACCAACAACACCACCAACAUCUACCACUCAGUCAACAACAACAACACCAACAUCUACCAUUCAGUCAACACCAACACCAACAUCUACCAUUCAGUCAACAACAACACCAACAUCUACCAUUCAGUCAACAACAACACCAACAUCUACCAUUCAGUCAACAACAACACCAACAUCUACCACUCAGUCAACAACAACACCAACUUCUACCACUCAGUCAACAACAACACCAACAUCUACCACUCAGUCAACACCAACAUCUACCAUUCAGUCAACAACAACACCAACAUCUACCAUUCAGUCAACACCACCAACAUCUACCACUCAGUCAACAACAACACCAACAUCUACAAUUCAGUCAACAACAACACCAACAUCUACCAUUCAGUCAACAACAACACCAACAUCUACCAUUCAGUCAACAACACCACUAACAUCUACCACUCAGUCAACAACAACACCAACAUCUACCACUCAGUCAACAACACCACUAACAUCUACCACUCAGUCAACAACAACACCAACAUCUACCACUCAGUCAACACCAACAUCUACCAUUCAGUCAACAACAACACCAACAUCUACCACUCAGUCAACAACAACACCAACAUCUACCACUCAGUCAACAACAACACCAACAUCUACCACUCAGUCAACAACAACACCAACAUCUACCAUUCAGUCAACAACAACACCAACAUCUACCAUUCAGUCAACAACAACACCAACAUCUACCACUCAGUCAACAACACCACCAACAUCUACCACUCAGUCAACAACAACACCAACAUCUACCACUCAGUCAACAACAACACCAACAUCUACCACUCAGUCAACAACAACACCAACAUCUACCACUCAGUCAACAACACCACUAACAUCUACCACUCAGUCAACAACACCAACAUCUACCAUUCAGUCAACAACAACACCAACAUCUACCACUCAGUCAACAACACCACCAACAUCUACCACUCAGUCAACAACAACACCAACAUCUAUCAUUCAGUCAACAACAACACCAACAUCAACCACUCAGUCAACAACACCACCAUCUACCACUCAGUCAACAACAACACCAACAACAACACCAACAUCUACCAUUCAGUCAACAACAACACCAACAUCUACCAUUCAGUCAACAACAACAUCUACCACUCAGUCAACAACAACACCAACAUCUACCACUCAGUCAACAACAACACCAACAUCUACCAUUCAGUCAACAACAACACCAACAUCUACCAUUCAGUCAACAACAACACCAACAUCUACCAUUCAGUCAACAACAACACCAACAUCUACCAUUCAGUCAACAACACCAACAUCUACCAUUCAGUCAACAACACCACCAACAUCUACCACUCAGUCAACAACAACACCAACAUCUACAAUUCAGUCAACACCAACACCAACAUCUACCAUUCAGUCAACAACAACACCAACAUCUACCAUUCAGUCAACAACACCACUAACAUCUACCACUCAGUCAACAACAACACCAACAUCUACCACUCAGUCAACACCAACAUCUACCAUUCAGUCAACAACAACACCAACAUCUACCACUCAGUCAACAACAACACCAACAUCUACCACUCAGUCAACAACAACACCAACAUCUACCACUCAGUCAACAACAACACCAACAUCUACCAUUCAGUCAACAACAACACCAACAUCUACCAUUCAGUCAACAACAACACCAACAUCAACCACUCAGUCA